CCCUGCUCAGAGUGAGCCGCUCUCUCCUGGUUUAUUUUGAGGCGGUCUUAUCACAGCUGUCGUAUCGCUGGUGGCCGCCUGUCCGAAACCCCUCGCCACUCUUUUCCUUUUCCCUUCUGGACCUUUGUCCCGAGCCGGGUCGCUCCCUUGUUUGUACUCGCUGAGGAUUAUGGAGGCUUGUCAGGAGAGCGGCCCAGCCCCCACCGGUCCCGGAGCGUCUCCGGCCGAGGAUCGCCACAUUGACCUGACAGAGGACCUGGGCCAACAGCUGGAGGACAUCAUUAGCACCUACCAGGCAGCCCAGAUUCCAGCUGAGCCAGAGGACAUAGAGGAGGUCACAGCUGCCAAAGAGCCAGAUGCCCGCAAGGACCAGAAACUAGAGAAGAAAAUGCUCAAAAAUCUAGGUAAGGAGGCCAUGCAGCUCAUGCAAAGUUUGAACAAACUCGACACUCCAGAGCAGAAACUGGAAACCAUCAUAAAGAAGCACGCUGAGCUGCUGGAGGAGCAUCGCAGUGACCAGAAGCAGAUGAAGACUCUGCAAAAGAAGCUGCUCCAAGUGAUGAAGGAGAAGGACCAGCUGCAGAGCGAGCACAGCCGGGCGGUGCUGGCUCGCAGCAAACUGGAGGGGCUCUGCAGGGAGCUGCAAAGGCACAACAAGACCUUAAAGGAGGAGACGCUGCAGCGGUGCAGAGAAGACGACUUAAAGAGGAAAGAGAUCACCACCCACUUCCAGGGGACCCUGAGCGACAUCCAAGCCCAGAUAGAGGAGCACAGCAGCCGCAACACCACGCUGUGUCAGGAGAACGGCGCCCUGGCAGAAAAACUCAAGGCCCUCAUUGCACAAUACGACCAGCGAGAGGCGGUAUGGAGCUUACCACACACACAGCCGUCAACUCUGUGCCAGACUCAAAGAGCAGAUACAGUACAUCACAGAAAGAACUUGGAAAAAGUUUUCAAGCACAGAGAUCUGAAGGAGAAACUUCUGGAAACCAAGCUAGAGCAGGCCAAUCUGAUCCUGAAGGAGGCCGAGGGGAAGCACAAGCUGGAGAAAGAGCUUCUUCUUAAACAAGUGGCGGAGUACAAGCUGCAGCUGAGAGGCCUGAAGGAGCAAGAAACAGACAUGAGGAGUCAGCUUGACAUGUACUCCAAAAAGUUUGACGAGUUCCAAGGUACGGUGUCGAAGAGCAACAGCGUCUACAGCGGCUUCAAACAGGACAUGGACAAAAUGGCCAAGAAAAUGAAGAAGCUGGAGAAAGAGUGCCAUUCAUGGAAGACGCGCUUUGACAGCUGCAACAAGAAUCUCAUUGACAUGGUGGCUGAUAGAACCAUCAAGGAAAAGGAGUUUGAGCUUCUCACCAUCAAGAACCAGAAGCUCGAGAGUCUUUGCAGGGCUUUACAGGAGCAAAGGAAGAACCUAUCUGAGCAGGUACAGGGAGCUCAACCAGACAAACACCCUUAUGAGCAAGAGCAGAAGGAAGGCGGUGAGGUGCCGGAGAUUCCUACAGGUCAAAAAGAGGAUCAUCCAGCUCAGGACACAGGAAACCCCGCCUCCGCCGAAUCACUAGCGCAAACAACUCCGCUAACCCAGGCACUGGCUAAACUGAAGGCUGAGCAGGCUCUACUGAAAGAGAUCGCUGGUUCUUUCACAAUAUCUCACACGGCACCCACAGAAUCAGCAGAUAGUCAGUCACAUGGACUCUCCGAGGGCAUCGAAGGGCCAAAGGAGAAGCAAGCAGAGGAGAGCAAACACCAGGACGUCCAUGAGGAUCAAAGUCAAGAACAGCGAGAUCGGGAGAUGGAGUCAGUUGAUUAAUGCAGAAACCGCUGUGACAGAAAACCGGCUGCAUGUGAGAAUACAAAAAAUAUUUUAAAAACCCCAA